AUGAUGGAUGGGCAAUCGACAUCCUUGAUCAGUUCCGAUCAUCUACCUGGUCUCGACGAGAUUGAGUCAGGAUUCGACAUGAUGAAUAUGGUCUCGCGAGCAGAAUCUCAAUCCCGAUUUCGAAUAUUUGAUAUGAGCAACACUAGAAAUCGAUUCAAAGUUUCUGUGCUCGGACGAGAACGUGUUUUCAAUACUCCACAAAGUGUACAAGUGAACAUUGUCAAUACGCGUCGUGAUAUCAAUUGUGAGGAUUUGUCAUAUGACUAUAAACACUUCUAUUCAAAUUAUUUCCGAUCGACAAGAAGCACCUCGACGUGGUCUGCUUUCAUAGUUGGCGGAAGUACUAGCCGUCAUGAUACCUUACGAAAAAUAGAGGAGGCCAUUAAUAAACAGUCCAAAGCGGUUGCUACAUCAACUUCUUGGUGGGGCCUUUAUUCUAUUCAAUUGGGGCCACCUUUCUUUCUCAAAUUCGAUUCUAUGUUCAAUGAAAGUAUGAUGGCUAUUAUUAAUGAACCGCAUACUCCGCGAACUGAAGCAGAGCAAACCCUUUACAAUAUGUUCUUAGAUACAUUUGGUACUCAUUAUGUGACACAUGUGAUCGUUGGUGCCACUGCUCACAUCUUCACUGUAAUAAGCGAUGCUUAUGCAACGUCAUCGUUAUAUCAAGAAACUAUGUCUCAAGUCUCAAAAAUGGGUCAUUAUUUCUUCGCCUCUUCAUAUUCAACUGACUACAGUCGUCAACUUGAGCAAAGUAUCACUGAAUCAUUCCGAAAAACAUCGGAAAGUUUUGUCGAAUAUCGCCCACCCGUACCACAGGUGCCUGGUAAAACCGAAUGGCAAUCUUGGUUGGGCAAUGCUCUUUUAUCUCCAGUAGUUGUCAAUCGAACAAUUGCUCCUUUGUCCAAUCUAUUUUAUCGCUAUCCGCUCGUUCAAGCUCAUUUGCGACGCACAAUAAACUACUUAUUGGAUCAUGGGAAACAUCCCAUGCUUGCUGAACUCAAUGGAUAG